GUUGGGACUUCGUUUUAAUUUUAAGAGAAGAGAAGAGAGAGAAUCACAAUGUAACCCUAGUCCAAUUCACCGUCACACUCAGCUCCUCUCCACCGUCACACUCAGCUCCUCCCCACCGUCACGAACAGGAUUCAACGAAUCAACAUGCCACCGUCACGAAUGAAGGAACUCGCCCAAUCACGAAAGAAAUCGCCCAAUCUCUCACCGCUUGCGAAGAAAUCACACGAAUUUAAUUUUGGUUUUUGGCAACAGCUUUGGGUGUUUGUAGUUCCAAAAGUACAUCUUGUUUCUUGGUUUGACACUAAAGACUACGUACUUAAUCUUCCUUUACCAGAGUGUUGGGUGACAAGGUCAAGGAUGAUUGAGUUGGUAUCAAAACGUUUGGCUACAUUAGAGAGAAACCAUAGAAAGCAUAUGUGCAUAUCAAUGGAAUUAGUAGCUGCUGUUUUUGGAGACCAUGGACAGCGUCCUCAUGAAGACUAUGUAGUGGCUACAACAGUUACUGAAUUGGGCAAUGGAAAGCCAAAGUUCUAUUCUACUCGUGAUAAUCUCUUUUUGCAUAAAAUGGCGAUUACCAACAAAUCACGUGUGGUUGUUCUCAACAAGAAAAUCAGCCUCUUCCUUCUUUGCUGCCUAUGAUGCCUAAUGCGAGGAAGGUACUGCAACUUCUGUAUGCAGGGCUCUUGAUGAAAUUGCGAACGUAUCUAUACCAGCAGAGUGUUGGUUGGGAAGGUCAAGGAUGAAGGUUUUACUUAUCAGUAUUUUAUGUUCCUGUAGACAAGGUCAAGGAUUAUUGAGUUGGUUUCAUAACGUUUGGCUACAUUAGAGAGAACCCAUGGAACUUUACUAUUUUCUUGGAUACCAUGGACAGCGUCCUCAUGAAGACUAUGUAGUGGCUACAGCAGUUAUUGAAUUGGGCAAUGGAAAGCCAAAGUUCUAUUCUACCCCUGAGAUAAUCUCUUUUUGCAUAAAAUGGCGAUUACCAACAAAUCACGUGUGGUUGUUCUCAACAAGGUGAACACUUGGUAUUUAAAUAGGCGUUCUUUAUUAUUCAACUUCUAUAAAUGACUCAAGUAUGAUAUCAUUUCUUU